UUGAUUGAAAAUUGCAUAUACCUUCGGCCUCGCAAGAUCAAAAUCUUGGGAUUAGGGUUUAGGGUUAGGAAUCAAUUUCUAAAUCUUCACCAGAGAAUGAAACUUGAUCAUCGCCGACCGGAAGAAAAGAUGAAUAGCGUUAGCCCAUGGAAACGGAAACGCCCUGAACGGGAAGGUUCAUUCGUAAUUCCGCGACAUAGUAUUGGGGAGAGGUUUGACCAUUUUGUAUAUGCUAAUAUGGACGUAGAUAUUGAUACCAAAAGAGCGGCUUUGAAAGCUUCUCCUUCAGUUGUCUGUCUUACAUCCCUUACAGGUGGGAAGAUGUUUGCAUGUUCUGGGACUAUAAUAGAAUGUGAGGAUGUUAAUGGAACAUUCAUCAGUACCAUUUUAACUUCUGCGACUCUCCUAAGAUCACCUAUUGAUGCAAAUGCUAUACUAGAUGACAUUAAGGUUGAUGUUUAUGUAAUGAAUGAUAAUCCAUUUAACGGUCAUGUGAUUGCUUAUGAUUUUCACUUCAACAUUGCUACUAUUAGUAUUGAAACAGAUGUAGCAUUACCAACUGCAAUCAUUAGACCUUUGGAUGAUUCAAUCUCAGUAGAUCCAAGUGAGAUCUCUGGUGCUGGGGACAAUGAGGUGGCUUACAAAUCGUUUCAGCUUCAUCGUCAUUCAAAUUUAUUUAGACUUUGUCCGGGAGAUAUGGUUGUAGCCAUUGGCCGCUCCUGUGGUAGAACCCGUGACCUUAUGGCUGCACCUGGCAAAUUCAGUCUUGACUGCUGCAAAUUUGAUUGCAAAGAGCUUUUCAGGGCAAAUUGCAUUAUUACAAAAAGUGGUAUUGGGGGACCCCUUAUCAAUCGUUAUGGAGAAGUCAUUGGAGUCAAUUUUUAUGAUGAUGUUUGUACCCCUUUUCUACCGAUCAAUAUUGUUUCCCAAUGCUUGUUGGGAUUUAAAAAAAAUCGGAAAUCCCGUCGACCUUGGCUUGGCUUGGUAAUGACCAAUCUUUAUGCGGCAAGUGUAGGCAAGUUGGAAAAGAUUAUCUCGAAGUUCAAUAUUUCGAAAGGUGUUCUUGUUGAAGAGGUUAUAAAAGGAUCCCCUGCUCUUGAAGUUAAACGGAUUAGGUGCACAAUAUCCAUUAUUGGUGAUUUUAGUUAG